AUGACUCCGGAAGAUGAGCCCCUCAGGUCGGAAGGUGUCCAAUAUGCUACUGGAGAAGAGCAGAGGGCAAGUACAAGUAACCCCAGAAAGAGUGAAGCGGCUGGGCCAAAGCCGAAAGGAUGCUCAGUUGUGGAUGUGUCUGAUGGUGAAAGGAAAGUCCGAUGCUGCAAAGAACAAUAUUGCAUAGGAACCUGAAAUUUAAGAUCUAUGAAUCAAGGUAAGCUUGACGUGGUCAAAAAUGAGAUGGCAAGACUGAACAUCGAUAUCCUAGGAAUCAGUGAACUAAAGUGGACAGGAAUGGGCGAAUUUAACUCAGAAGACCAUUAUAUCUACUACUGUGGCCAGGAAUCUCGUAGAAAAAAUGGUGUGGCCUUUAUAGUCAACAAGAGAGUGCAAAAGGCAGUACUGGGAUACAAUCUCAAAAAUGACAGAAUGAUUUCUGUCCGAUUCCAAGGCAAACCAUUCAACAUCACAGUAAUUCAAGUGUAUGCCCCAACCACUGAUGCAGAAGAGGCUGAAGUGGACCGGUUCUAUGAAGACCUACAACACCUCCUAGAACUAACACCAAAAAAUGAUGUCCUCAUCAUCAUAGGGGACUGGAAUGCUAAAGUAGGAAGUGAAAAGGUAACUGGAAUAACAGACAAGUUUGGCCUUGGAAAGCAAAAUGAAGCAGGGCAAAGGUUAACAGAGUUUUGUCAAGAGAACACACUGGUCAUAGCGAACACCCUUUUCCAACAACCUAAGAGGCGACUCUACACAUGGACAUCACCAGAUGGGCAACACCGAAAUCAGAUUGACUAUAUAAUUUGCAGUCAAAGAUGGAGAAGCUCUAUCCAGUCAGUAAAAACAAGACCUGGAGCUGACUGUGGUUCAGAUCAUGAGCUACUCAUAGCAAAAUUCAGACUUAAACUGAAGAAAAUUGGGAAAACCACGAGGCCA